UCUAACAUCAACAAAGAAUAAAUCGACCUUCUUCUCAUCAGUAAGCGACAGACAUGGCUGCCUGUGGGCUUUUUCGCUCCUUUUCUUCCAACUUUUCCACAGUUUUGCCUUUACUUACCCGCUCGACAUUACUUUCUCCCUCACAGCUGUCCUGUAAGGCUUAUUUUGGAAGAAAGCUAGCCUCUUCUAGUCGAACAUCAGCAGCGCUCAAAUUCACAGACAAACACGAAUGGAUUCGAGUAGACGAUAACGGAGUAGGUACAGUCGGUAUCAGCGAGUUUGCACAAAAUGCUCUGGGAGAUGUAGUUUACUGUGGACUACCUGAAGUGGGAACACAUCUGGCACAGAAUGAUGAGUUUGGCGCUCUGGAAAGUGUCAAGGCAGCCAGUGAGCUUUAUUCCCCUUUGACGGGAGAAGUUGUAGAGGUCAAUACACUACUGGCAGACAACCCUGGCUUGGUCAACAAGUCCUGCUACAAAGAUGGUUGGCUGAUGAAGAUGACUAUUGGCAAUCCUGCUGAGCUCGACACGCUGAUGGAUGAAGCAGUGUAUGAACGAUACAUCCACUCCAUUGAGGACUAACACCGCUUCUCUCUCCCUCGCUGUUUGCAACAACACUGACAGAGACGUGCCCAACACGUGCCUCUCGGUUACAUCACAAUGUUUAACAUCCAGCAGUAGAGCUUUUUAACUCCAGGCUGCUGAGCUGCUCAUGUUUUAGUUGUGAACUUUAGAAAUUCUUCACCUGCUGUUAAAAAGAUUGACUUAAAGGAAACUUGUCAGUCUGCACUGACCAAACACUGUUAACUUCUGCAGCUUCAACCCUCAACCAGAGAACUUGGAAACUCACAGUCUGUAGAAUAGGUUUGAAACAUUUCACAGGUUUAAAAAUGAAAUUAUGUUCUAGGACACUGUUAGAAUUAAAAAGCACUUUGGUCUCUGAUAUUAAUUAUGCUGGUUGACACUGUGGAUUUGGGACCCAUGUAAUGGAACAUUAAACAUUUCUUUACACA